GCUGUAGCGUCGGCAUACAUGGACUACUUUUACUCGCACGGGUUGAUCUCGAUCGAGCUGUACAACCGCGGGCGGCAAGUGUGCGGCGACAAGGGCGUCGCCAACUGCGUUUACGGCGGCGGUGUCUGUACUCCUGAAUGCCUGGCGACGUUGGAGGAAAGCAUUGCGAGCUCGGAAUGGGAAAACGCGGGCGACCUCAACCAGUACUACAUCUUUGGCGACGUGUGCAAGCUCCAGAACAAGCAAGCGCACACUCUCCUCGACAAGUCCAUUCGACCGCUCACCCAUCGCGGUGUGGUGGGCCCUUGCCAAGACAUGUACACUGUGGCGUAUCUGCAGCUCGCCGCCGUGCAAGAUGCGAUUCACGUCGCUGUACAUACCGAGUGGUCCGAUUGUUCGGACAACGUGUCGACGCACUACACGCGCAGUGCGUCUGCCUUGCCAAAGUACUCGACGAUUCUCCAAGCCGGGUUGAAGGGGCUCAUCUACAGUGGGGAUGCCGACUCGAACGUCAACUUUCUCGGGACAGAGCGAUGGCUCACGACGCAAGGGCUCAACUUGACCGUGCGGGAAAAGUGGCAGAGCUGGUUCGGCCCCGACAAGCAACUGGCGGGGUACUCGACCCGAUACACAAACCUGACGUUCAUGACCAUCAAGGGUGCUGGCCACAUGGUCCCUGCCACGCGCCCGCUGCACGCGUUGUACAUGUUUGAGUGCUUUGUGUACGGCGACCACCAAUGCGCAACAUUCACGUACCCGAAGGACGCGCUCGAGUAUUUGAGUGGUGCCGAUUCUUCCAUGGCCCCUGCCGACGGCUACGUGUGGUGGGUGGUUGGCAGUCUCGUUGGUAUCGUGGCCCUGGCGCUCUUGGGCUGGCGCUUGUACGUCAACCAGUUUAGUCAAUACACCGAAUUGGAGACCAAGCCGAUCGCGGCCAGCUCGUAAAGGGCGUCAGCUACAAUUUGCUAAACAAUUGAUGUGCUCC